GAACCAAUGCCAAGGACUUCACGGAGGGUUGGGUCGAGUUCCGGGACAAGCGGGUCGCUAAGCUGGUCGCUGCCAGUCUGAAUAGCGCCCCCAUGGGCACCCGCAAGAAGAACCGCUUCCAUGAUGAUCUGUGGAACAUGAAGUACCUGCACCGGUUCAAGUGGUCCCACCUGAGCGAGCGAUUGGCCCUGGAGCGACAGGUGAGGCAGCAGCGAAUGAGGGCGGAGGUGUCUCAGGCCAAGAGGGAGACCAACUUCUACCUGCAGAACGUGGAGCGGAGCAAGAAGUUCAGCAAAGCGGAGCGCAGAGGUGCCAGGGAGGCAGAUGGCGCUGCCAACAAGCAGUGGAACUUUACUCAGCGCCAGACAGAGGAGGAGAUUCAGUCUCUGAAGGCUGGGGGCAAAGCUGGGGGCAAAGCUGGGGGCAGAGCCGGGGGCAAAGCCGGGGACAGAGCGAGGCAGAGACUGGAACUGGCCAAGCGAGUGCAGGAGAAAUCUCAGACUAACCGCUCGCUGCUGCACAAGAUAUUUAACCCUACAGGGGGCGCCGAGUGAGCUGGGGGGCUGGAUCCUGGGGGAACUCUGAACUUUAUACCAUGUCAAUCCCUGAAAGGAAGGGGGUGGGGGGUCAAAGGGCAAGUAACACCCCCAUGCCACUGACUGUAGAUCCAGGCCAGAAUGAAUUUGGAGCUGCCCCCCCCCCCCAUAGGGCAAUAAAUCAGGUAUGUGCAGAGAGGGGCCACUUACCCUCCCCCAAUGUGACUGCCACUCCCAGGCUGCAAUCAGGGCCCAAUUACUGCCACAAGGGGGGGGCCUGAAUCUGGGGUGUGUUUGGUCAUGGUGGGAUUAGUCCCAUUGGGGCAGUACCGAACCGUGUAAAUAAAGGGGUAUCAUGUCGCGCA